GCCGCCCCUCGCAAAAUGGCGGCCGGCGCCGGGCCCGUGGCGGGCGGAGGCCUCCCGCCGUCUUUUACCUCAGCCGCGGCGGCGGCGGCGUCGCCUCAGCAGCAGCACCAACCGGCGCCGCCUCCUCCUCCUCCUCCUCCUCCGCCUCAGGCGGCGGCGGCCUCCUCCUCUUCUCCCCUCACGCACAACCACCGCGUCGGGAACCCUCUGCCGGCGGCCUCGUCAUCGUCGUGUCCGGCGGCGGCCCCGGCCGCGUCGUCUCCCGCUUCGCCGGCCUCUCCGCCUUCCCCUCCGGCUCCUCUUCCUCCUCCGCCGCCGCCGCCGGCCUCGUCGUGCUCGCUGGGCCCCCGCGAGCCGGCCUACAACUGGCAGGCCACCAAGCCGACGGUGCAGGAGCGCUUCGCCUUCCUCUUCAACAACGAGGUGCUGAGCGACGUCCACUUCUUGGUGGGGAAAGGCCGAGCGGGGGCCCAGCGCCUCCCCGCCCACAGAUUUGUGCUGGCGGUGGGCAGUGCGGUCUUUGAUGCCAUGUUCAAUGGCGGGAUGGCUACAACGUCCUCCGAGAUAGAACUACCCGACGUGGAGCCGGCUGCCUUCCUUGCUUUGCUGAAGUUUCUCUAUUCGGAUGAGGUUCAGAUAGGGCCGGAGACCGUGAUGACGACCCUUUACACCGCUAAGAAGUACGCCGUCCCCGCGCUCGAAGCCCACUGUGUGGAGUUCCUCAAGAAGAACCUCAGGGCAGAUAACGCCUUCAUGCUCUUAACGCAGGCCAGACUCUUCGAUGAGCCCCAGCUGGCAAGCCUUUGCCUGGAAAACAUAGAUAAGAACACAUCUGACGCCAUCAACGCAGAAGGCUUCACAGAUAUUGACCUUGAUACACUCGUGGCUGUCCUGGAGAGGGACACCCUUGGCAUCCGCGAGGUGCGCCUCUUCAACGCGGUGGUCCGGUGGUCCGAGGCCGAGUGCCAGCGGCAGCAGCUGCAGGUGGUCCCAGAAAACAAGCGGAAAACCCUAGGCAAAGCCCUCUCCCUCAUCCGCUUCCCCUUGAUGACCAUCGAGGAGUUCGCAGCGGGGCCAGCUCAGUCGGGCAUCUUGACCGACCGCGAAGUGGUCAGCCUGUUCCUGCACUUCACCGUCAACCCCAAGCCGCGGGUGGAGUUCAUCGACCGCCCCCGCUGCUGCCUGCGGGGGAAGGAGUGCAGCAUCAACCGCUUCCAGCAGGUGGAGAGCCGUUGGGGGUACAGUGGGACCAGCGACCGGAUCAGGUUCUCUGUCAACAAAAGGAUAUUUAUCGUCGGAUUUGGGUUGUACGGAUCCAUCCACGGCCCAACAGAUUAUCAAGUAAAUAUACAGAUUAUUCACACCGACAGCAACACAAUCCUGGGCCAGAAUGACACCGGCUUCAGCUGCGAUGGGUCUUCCAACACUUUCCGGGUCAUGUUUAAAGAGCCCGUUGAGAUCUUGCCCACUGUCAGUUACACAGCCUGUGCCACCUUGAAGGGCCCCGAUUCCCACUACGGCACCAAAGGGCUCCGCAAAGUGAUCCACGAGUCGCCGACGACGGGGGCCAAGACCUGCUUCACCUUCUGCUACGCCGCCGGCAACAACAACGGCACGUCCGUGGAGGACGGACAGAUCCCCGAGAUCAUCUUCUACACAUAGGGGCCGCCGCGGGGGGAUAGCUCGCUGCCGGGCGGACGGCCAUGUGCUGCCCCCCUCCUCCCGCCUCAUCUCCCCCCCUCCAUGCGCACCCCUUGCGUGUCCUUCCCAGCUGAAACCGCAGGCUGUCCUCUGCCGUGCUGGCAGGAGGGCUGCUAGCCGGGGCUGGGGGCCCAGCAGGGCCGACACCGGGAUCCCACUGUCGGGACGAUUCGCUGGCCUGAGUCGGGCCGGGGCGGCAGCUAGCAGUUCCUUCUGCCCAGGCCGGCAGCUCGGCUCUACCAUUGCAUCGUGAACGUAGCCGCUUCUACAUCCAGCUGUUGCAGUGGGGAGGCAGGGGCAGGCUCGCUCUUGCGGAUGGACAAUCCCUGCCAAAGGAAGCCCCCCUCUGGGCCAGGAUCAGGCCGGACAGGGGGAUGCGGCAGGGCAAGGAGGAAAUGUGUUUCUGACGGCUUCUCACCUGGCAAGGCUUGACCCAGAACGCCCUUUCUGCAGGACCCUGGCCAGCCCAGGUGGCUCCUGCCCUCGCCGGACAACUACCUUAUCGUGUCACGGGACAGAUUUUUUGGGGAGGGACUCGUCCCUGAACGCGAGGCAGUGAGGGUGAUUCGCAGCCACAAAAAAACUUGCCUUGUUUGAAGAGUGGCUGAAGUCCCUGGACUCUGAUCGUCAAUAUGUUGCUUGCUGCUAAUAAUAAUAAUAAUAAUAAUAUAGUGCAACUCAACAAUGCAUUUUACUCUUCUACGGUCUCCUUUUGAGUCUGGUUCCCAUUCACAAGCUGGUGCCGUGACUGAUUUGCUCGUUUGGGGGUUGCUUUUCGAGCUGGGAGAUGUCUCGCUAGGGCUUCGAUGAGCUGAGUUUCCCGAAAACCCAGCAGCCAAACAGAGGUUUAAGAAUCCCCACCCCUAGAAAACCCUGGGCGUCUUGGUGACCUGACAGAAACGCAUCAAACCUAGGCGGCUUUUGUGCUAAAGGUGGGAUCCCCACCAGCACUGAUUGGACAGUUCAUUUUCCCUUCCCACCCCGUGAAAUCUCCUGCCUGUGGAAACCUGCAAGCAAUUUGCCUUAGGUACGCAGCUGUCAUCACCUGAACCCUAGCUGUGCUCGAAAGCUGGCGCUGCUGGGCUUCUUAAAAAUAAAUGCAAAAAGUUUAUUUGUGGUAGACCACCCAGUGCAAGUCCCUAUGUUCGUUACCUGCACUUGUGAGCCUCAAUAUGGCCAGUAUGGAUAAUGGAGCCAUUCCUCAGCUACAAGCUUCUCAUCGGUGCAAAAGCCUUGGUGUGUCUCUGGCUUCUUCCGAAGAGUGCGCUAGUGCAUGUUGCUGCAGCAGUGGCGCAUCAAUUUUGGAGGGGCUUUCGACUGCCUCUCCUCUUCCAUUUGCUCUCCACCCCCACCCCCCUUCUUGAGCUGUGUACAUAGACGCCCCCCCCCCCAGUCUGUAUAUAGAGAUCACUGAAUAGGUUCCAAACACAGCUACUGACUUUUUGCGUGGCUGAGUAGCUUAAAUUUAACUGCAGUUGCAGCCCUCUCCCCCAAUUGGAAUCUCACUAAUGCACCCUUCUUGGUUAUAGGAUAUGCUGGGGAUGGUGGUGUUUGUUCACACCAGUCGAAGGCAGAAUCCUAUCCAGUCGAUGGUUCUUGGGCCCUGGUGCGAAUCCUGCCCUUCACAAACUCGCUUGCCCACCACGCCUAGCCCCCAACCUCUUGGAAGGUCCGACGCGCCUGGAAAUUUGCUCAUGUUAAAUAAGACAGAAAUAUAAUGAAUGUAUCAGAUGUGCUAUAUAUACAUAUUAUAUAUAUAAUUUUCAGUGUUCACCCUGGUUUCUCUGAUUUGUAAAUAGGAAAUCCAAUAAAAGGCAGGUUGUCUUUCA